AUGUAUCUCUCCACCCUUGAUCUCGCUCUGGUUGUGGUCGCGCAGCAUGUUCUGAUCGCAAUUUCGGUCGGCUUCACGAAACCUGGAUCGAUGCUCCGCGCCUUAUCUCUGCCUCUCUCAGUCGCCCUGAUGCUGCUUUCCGAGUCUUCUUCUAAGAAAGACAAUGAUAUGCUCACUCUGCUAUUGGUCGCCACGACACCCGUACUGGUGCUACAUCAUCUUAACAUCGUCCUGCUCCGCCGAUGGGAUUUUGUCUCCGCCGGACCACAGCCUCGCGACGCUGGGAAGAAGCAAGUUCGGUUGGCGGUACCAGACACGGUGUGGAAUCGCUUCGCCUUUGGCCUGUCGGUGGCCAUCAGUCGCCGACAUUGUGGGCAGCCGUUCGAGCUUGACAAUGUCCCACACUUUCGGAAGCAGGAUCCUGAUUUUGUGCCCUCGCGACGCCGAUUUUUGAUCGAAAGGGGACUACUGUACUUCUCGACAUACAUUGUCCUGGAUUAUCUUGGUUCCUUGAAGCCCCAGAACGACCCAGGAUCAGCAGAUACGGCGAUGGAGCAGGUCGCGAUCGCUGUGAUGCUCUGGGCCGCCGCUGUCCCCUACUUGACGAUGAUUUUCGCUUUUCCCGGUUGGGUACUGGUGUUGUUGGGCCUGUCUGAGCCGAAGUACUGGCGGCCUGUGUUCAAUUUCGAACAUGGUAGUGCCAUACGGAGAUACACCCUCAUCGUCUUGAGCUUCGCCGUGUCCGGACUGCUUCACAUGAUGCACGACUUUGGCUUUGGUGUUCCUUUUCAAGAAUCUCGUUCCAUGUUCUUCUUCUUGAGCCAGGCAUUUGCGAUCAUGGUGGAAGAUGCCGUAGCGCAUUUCUGGAAGGCCCUGACAAGAGGAGGAAGUCGUCCCGACGCCGCAAGCAAUGGCCUUGCUGCCUGGCAAGUCUGGACUGGUCGCCUUUGGGUCUUCCUCGUCUUGGUCUACACCACAUCACCGUGGGCUGCGCCGCGAACGCUGCAUUACGAAGGAGAUCUCGCCGCUAUGCCAUUUCCGAUAUUCUCCCGGCGGAGCUGA